GCGAUGUCCGCGCGAGGCUGUCACUCAGGUGGUUGUGGCGGCGGAGGCCGGGCUGAGACGUGGCCGGGAGGACGCGGCUGGCCGUUCAUCGCGUCCGCGCGGCUGCGGCUUCGCUGACGCGUCCUCUCCGGAUCGGAGGCUCGGAGCGGCGGGGGAAGCGGACGCCGGCGGCCGCGCCUCCAUGCCCCCGUGCUCGGCCGGCCUCUGAGUCAUUAGUAAUUAUCAGCACUUUAGAUGGACGAAUUGCUGCCUUGGACGCUGAGAAUCGUGGUAAAAAGCAGUGGGAUUUGGAUGUAGGAUCUGGUUCCUUGGUUUCGUCCAGUCUUAGCAAGCCAGAGGUGUUUGGGAAUAAGGUGAUCAUUCCUUCCCUGGAUGGAGACCUCUUCCAGUGGGACCGAGACCGUGAGAGCAUGGAAACCGUUCCUUUCACAGUCGAAUCCCUGCUUGAGUCUUCUUACAAAUUUGGAGAUGAUGUUGUUUUGGUUGGAGGAAAAUCUCUCACUACAUAUGGACUCAGCGCCUACAGUGGAAAGGUGAGAUAUAUCUGUUCUGCCUUGGGCUGUCGCCGGUGGGACAGCGAUGAAAUGGAAGAGGAGGAGGACAUCCUGCUCCUGCAGCGCACCCAGAAGACUGUCAGAGCUGUCGGGCCGCGGAGUGGCAACGAGAAGUGGAAUUUCAGUGUCGGCCACUUUGAGCUUCGGUAUAUUCCAGACAUGGAAACUAGAUCCAGGUUUAUUGAAAGCACCUUUCAGCCCAGUGGAAACAAAGAGGAGUCUAAAAUUAUUUCGGAUGUGGAGGAGCAGGAAGCUACCAUGCUGGACACGGUCAUCAAAGUCUCAGUUGCUGAUUGGAAAGUUAUGGCGUUCAGUAAGAAGGGAGGACAUCUGGAAUGGGAAUACCAGUUUUGUACUCCAAUUGCAUCUGCCUGGUUGCUUAGGGAUGGAAAAGUCAUCCCCAUCAGUCUCUUCGAUGAUACAAGUUAUGCAUCUAAUGAGGACGUUUUGGAAGAUGAAGAAGACAUCGUAGAAGCUGCCCGAGGAGCAACGGAGAGCAGUGUGUACUUGGGAAUGUACAGAGGCCAGCUGUACCUGCAGUCAUCAGUCAGAAUUUCAGAAAAGUUCCCCACAAACCCCAAGGCCUUGGAGUCUAGUGAAAAUGCAAUUAUUCCUUUGCCAACCAUCAAAUGGAAGCCCUUAAUUCAUUCUCCUUCCAGAACUCCAGUGUUGGUAGGGUCUGAUGAAUUUGACAAAUGUCUUAGUAACGAUAAAUAUUCUCAUGAAGAGUACAGUAAUGGCGCACUUUCAAUCUUACAGUACCCGUACGAUAACGGUUAUUACCUACCGUACUACAAGAGGGAGAGGAACAAGCGAAGCACACAGAUCACAGUCAGAUUCUUUGACAGCCCAAGUUACAAGAGUAACCGCAAAAAGGAUCCUGUCCUCCUCUUGCACUGGUGGAAAGAAAUAGUUGGAACCAUUUUGUUUUGUAUCAUAGCGACAACUUUCAUUGUGCGCAGACUAUUCCAUCCUCAGCCUCACAGACAAAGGAAGGAAUCUGAAACUCAGUGUCAAACUGAAAAUAAAUAUGAUUCUGUAAGUGGUGAAUCCAGUGACAGCAGUUGGAAUGACAUAAAAAGCUCUGAAUAUGUGUCACGAUAUCUAACAGAUUUUGAACCAAUUCAGUGCAUGGGUCGCGGCGGCUUUGGAGUUGUCUUCGAAGCUAGAAACAAAGUAGAUGACUGCAAUUAUGCUAUCAAGAGGAUCCGGCUGCCCAACAGGGAAUUGGCUCGGGAGAAGGUAAUGCGAGAAGUGAAAGCCUUAGCCAAACUUGAGCACCCAGGAAUCGUGAGGUAUUUCAAUGCCUGGCUGGAAGCACCCCCGGAGAAGUGGCAAGAAAAGAUGGAUGAAAUCUGGCUGAAAGACGAAAGCACAGACUGGCCGCUCAGCUCUCUCAGCCCAAUGGAUGCACCAUCUGUUAAAAUACGCACGAUGGAUCCAUUCUCCACAAAAGAGCAUAUUGAAAUCAUAGCUCCUUCGCCACAGAGAAGCGGGUCUUUUUCUGUGGGGAUUUCCUGUGGCCAGACGAGCUCCUCCGAGAGCCAGUUCUCUCCCCUGGAACUGUUAGGAACAGACCACGGAGACAGCAGUGGGUCAGCGGAUGCCGCGAACAACCUGCAGGACAGCUGCCUCGCAGACUGCGGCGUGGAAGAUGGCACCAUGGACGGCAAUGACGAGGGGCACUCUUUUGAGCUCUGUCCUUCUGAAGCUUCUCCCUACGUGAGGUCAAGGGAGACCUCGUCUUCCAUCGUGUUUGAGGAUUCUGGCUGUGAUAAUGCAUCCAGUAAAGAAGAGCUCAAAACUAACCGGGUGCAUAUCGGCAACCAUUGUGCUAAUAAAUUCACUGCCUUCAAGUACUCCAGCAGCAAGUCUUCUUUGGAAGCCACCCUGUCUGUUUCUCCACCAAGGCCGACCACCCUAAGUUUAGAUCUCACUAAGAACACUGCGGACAAACUCCAGCCCAGCUCGCCGAAGGUGUAUCUUUACAUUCAGAUGCAGCUGUGCAGAAAGGAAAACCUCAAAGACUGGAUGAACCAGCGGUGCACGCUGGAGGAGCGGGAGCGCGGCGCGUGUCUGCACAUCUUCCUGCAGAUCGCCGAGGCCGUGGAGUUUCUGCACAGUAAAGGGCUCAUGCACAGGGACCUCAAGCCUUCCAACAUCUUCUUCACAAUGGAUGACGUGGUCAAGGUCGGAGACUUUGGGUUGGUGACUGCCAUGGACCAGGAUGAGGAAGAGCAGACGGUUCUCACGCCCAUGCCAGCCUAUGCCACGCACACGGGGCAAGUGGGGACCAAACUGUACAUGAGCCCGGAGCAGAUCCAAGGAAACAACUACUCUCAUAAAGUGGACAUCUUUUCCUUGGGCCUGAUUCUGUUUGAAUUGCUGUACCCAUUCAGCACUCAGAUGGAGAGAGUCCGGACCUUGACUGAUGUAAGGAAUCUCAAGUUUCCACUACUGUUUACGCAGAAAUAUCCUCGUGAGUACGAGAUGGUUCAAGACAUGCUCUCUCCCUCUCCCACGGACCGGCCUGAAGCCACAAACAUCAUUGAAAACGCUCUGUUUGAGGACUUGGAGUUGCCUGGGAAAACGGUGCUCCGACAGCGGUCUCGCUCCCUGAGCUCAUCGGGAACAAAACCUGCGAGGCUGCCCAGCGGCUCCCGCAUCCCUGUGCCCAGCAGUUAGCCCUGCGCCCUGUGCCCGGCAGUUCCCGCAUCCCUGCGCUCGGCAGUCAGCCCGCAGCGGCCUCUUCCGAGGAGCCCGCCGCUUUCCAGAGUGGCCGACGUGAACACUUUGUUCUCUGCUCAGCCUUGUUUUGGGCUGCGUUUUCCAAGUCAAACUGAAACUGGAUUUGGAGCCUAACCUGUGUAGAGCCAGUUCGCUCUUCUCCCAGGACAGGGCUCGGGGCUAGGGGGUUCUGUGUUCUCCUGGGCCGGCUCGCCCAGCUUCCUAGCACCUUUUGCCUCAGAGGUAGAAGCAUUCCCUAAAACAUAGACAGCUUUAAAGUGGAAAUAUUUUUAUAAUACAGAAGGAUAAACCCUCCCCGCAUUGUGGAAGCUCUGUUGUUCUAGAAAUACGCUUUCUAGAAAGAUAGAUUUUGAAACUGAUUUCUAAAGAAGCUGACUUCUUUUUUGUCCCUGGUGGGUAAAGGAAGAAUCUGCACUAUUUUGGAGGACAAGUAGCACAAACUGUAGGGCAGUUUAUGUCUGUAGUUUUAUAGUCCUAUUUGUAGCGUUAAAUAGUUUUAUUCCUUAGAUGAUUCUAGGGAGGGUUUGAGAAGUUUUUGUACUUUUACCUCCAGUGAACCCAGUGAGGGAGAAAUGAAGCUUCAGAUGUAAAUUGGUUUAAAUUCUUGCUGGGAAGGACGAGGCUGUAGGUAAGAAGGGAUACUGUCUUACAACUAACUUCUGCAGUGAUGGGCUUUUUAACCUCAUAAAAUCAUUAGUGUCUUCUAUAUAAUCCUACAGGCGGGUACAUCCCAAACUGAUUCUAGAUAACAGUGUAAUCAUUUCACGUCCUGAUGGGUUUUUAUUUUCCUCUGUAAAUAUUUUUAUUUUUUAUUUAUAAAAAUUCUGGAAUCAAUCCAUUUGGGUUGGUGGUGUACAGAACACACUUAAGUGUGUUAACUUGUGACUUCUUUCAAGUCUAAAUGGUUUAAUAAAAACUUUUAAAAAAUCA